AUGAAUAUAAGCGGAAUAUUUACGGCGAAGAAAGCUACAGGAGGUUCAGAAUUUCUGAACCCUGAAAAUCUGAAAUCAAUGAAUAUAGGCCUAAGCGGAAUAUUUACAGCGAAGAAAGCUACAAGGGGUUCAGAAUUUCUGAACCCUGAAAAUCUGAAAUCGAUGAAUAUAAGCGGAAUAUUUACAGCGAAAAAAGCUACAAGGGGUUCAAAAUUUCUGAACUCUGAAAAUCUGAAAUCAAUGAAUAAGUUGAAUAUAAGCGGAAUAUUUACAGCGAAGGAAGCUACAAGGGGUUCAGAAUUUCUGAACCCUGAAAGUCUGAAAUCAAUGAAUAUAAGCAGAAUAUUAACAGCGAAGAAAGCUACAAGAGGUUCAGAAUUUCUGAACCCUGAAAAUCUGAAAUCCAUGAAUAUAAGCGGAAUAUUUACAGCGAAGAAAGCUACAAGAGGUUCAGAAUUUCUGAACCCUGAAAAUCUGAAAUCAAUGAAUAUAAGCGGGAUAUUUACAGCGAAGAAAGCUACAAGGGGUUCAGAAUAUCUGAACCCUGAAAAUCUGAAAUCAAUGAAUAUAAGCAGAAUAUUUACAGCGAAGAAAGCUACAAGAGGUUCAGAAUUUCUGAACCCUGAAAAUCUGAAAUCAAUGAAUAUAAGCGGAAUAUUUACAGCGAAGAAAGCUACAAGAGGUUCAGAAUUUCUGAAUCCUGAAAAUCUGAAAUCAAUGAAUAUAAGCGGAAUAUUUACAGCGAACAAAGCUACAAGAGGUUCAGAAUUUCUGAACACUGAAAAUCUGAAAUCAAUGAAUAUAAGCGGAAUAUUUACAGCGAAGAAAGCUACAAGGGGUUCAGAAUUUCUGAACCCUGAAAAUCUGAAAUCGAUGAAUAUAAGCGGAAUAUUUACAGCGAAAAAAGCUACAAGGGGUUCAGAAUUUCUGAACUCUGAAAAUCUGAAAUCAAUGAAUAUAAGCGGAAUAUUUACAGCGAAGAAAGCUACAAGAGGUUCAGAAUUUCUGAACCCUGAAAAUCUGAAAUCAAUGAAUAUAAGCGGAAUAUUUACGGCGAAGAAAGCUAGAGGAGGUUCAGAAUUUCUGAACCUUGAAAUCAAUGAAUAUCAGCGGAAUAUUUACAGCGAAUAA